GGGGCCCAAGUGGAAUGACCGGCGUCUCGCCUCCUCCGAGUUCAUUCCGCGUCCCGACAAUGAUCGCGAUUCUUCUGGGCACGUUCUUCAUCGGAUUCGCCUCCUCAGGGCUGGUAAAGUACGACCAGACCCAGACCGGCGACUACAACGUCCACCUCGACCUCAAGAACAUCGAGAUACUAGCCUUUCUCGACGACACCUCCAACGGAGAGUAUGACUAUGACUAUGCAGAACUGACGCUGAAGCCUCCUGCUGCACCGUCCACCAGCAAGAAGCCGACGACGAGUAGCGACGCACUAGAUCCGAUGUCGACCGUCGACCUCCUCAGCUCUGACACGGCUUCCAACUCGACGACGACCCCGUCAUCUUCAUCAGUGACGACCGAGGUGCCUACGUCGGCGAAACCACACAGGAGGUGUGGCGCCGGGUUCUACAGAGACCCGAACGGCAGAUGCCGCCGACUCAGGAGGCCUAUCAAGUUAAGAGGAAUUUUGCAGCACGCAAAGAAUAAACUUAUCGCAUGAGAGAAACGACUCCAGGGCCGGCAGUUGUAAAUAAUGUUUAGAGUCUAAAGUAUUUUGUGUAAAAAGCACAAAGAAUAAAAUAUUUUGAU